AUGACCGACAGCGGAGAUCUAUCUACCAGUGCUCGUGGUCCAACUUCUAUUCACCCAACCCCGCCAAUCACUACUGCCAUCUCAACCUCUAUUAGUGCGCCACCAACUAAUAAUUCAGCCACCACGACACCAGCUAAAUCAUCGACUUACACAUUUGAUCCGACUGCGCGUUCCAAAGAGUUACCAACUGAUCCAUCCGCUCUUCGAACUAAUUUGGCUGCAAUACGUCCCCAGGGACCUGGAGAAAUACCACAAGUUGGACCAGCACCAGUAUCGCAACCACCCACUCUUGCCUCUGGUGAUACGUUUAUCCCAAAUCCGGUGGAUGGAGCAUUUGGCCAUAAGGGUACCAUGAACAAAGCUCAUUUAAAUCCAGUUACAGCAUUGGUUCCUCCAAUGGUCGGUAUUCCUGACGGUGGUGCAACACUGACCCAGGAGCAGUGGGAAAAUCGAAAGAGUAAGAUUGCUCAAUUGGAAAAGAUUCACUCCACGUUGAGCAAGAGUAAAAGUGCCUCCACUCCGGGAGCUGUGGCGGCGGCCGCGGGAGCUGUGUUACAACAACAGCAACAUCGUCUUCAGGGUGCCGUGGGGCCACCGCCAAUGCCGCCAAGCUCAUUGGCACAACCACCUGGAUCCCUUCCUCAACAUCCUUUGGGUAUGUUCCAGAUCGUUAUUUAA